UCAGUUAUUCGCCUGCACGGGUACCAGCAGGUUGUGCGUUAACGGUUUUUCGUUGGAGUAGCUCGUGAAUUCACCAAUUGCAAUUUUUCUUGUCGUUUAAAAGUUUGCGUUUCUUACCAGAUUUAAAAAUGUUCAAAAAGAUGGGGUCCUUUCUUUCCUUUGAGAAACUGCCUAAGGUAUCCGAGCAGAAGAAGAAGAUGGCCGAGCAAAACGGAUCGAUUAAGUUGGCGAUCCACCACGAUGAUCAAGGCAAGGGGACCCUCUACCGGUUGAAGAAGAACUCGAUGGUGCACGUCCAUCCGGGGCCGUCUCUGCUCGGUCGUCGCGUGGCAAUCUUCUGCAACUAUCCAGCUGACGGAAAGGAAUUCGACCGCAAUCGGUACAUCCAGCUGAAAUGGUUCUCACCCACGGGAACUCAGCUGGACACGGACGGGUCCAAGUACCUCUCGAUCCGGGACAUCGAUUACUACUGCAACGUUCACCUGACCCGUUCCGGAGCGUACCACUUCUACAUCCUGUACGAAGGCCAGCAAGACCCCCAAGCCGGUCUGUACGUACAAGUCGAACCGACGCUGACCAUUGGCAAAGGCCCUGCCGCAGCAAAUCUCCCACUGGAGGCCAUCCGCUGUCAGACGGUCAUUUCCAAGCUUUUGGGGCCGGUCCAAACCUGGGAGGCAAAGCUGCAGGUGGCCAAGGAGAGCGGCUACAACAUGAUCCAUUUCACUCCGAUUCAAGAACUAGGUGGAUCGAGAUCUGCCUAUUCACUUAAGAACCAGUUGGCGGUGAAUCCGGAAUUCCAGAAUGGAGACCACCCGGUCAAGUUUGACGAUGUGGAAAAAGUCAUCAAGAAAAUGCGCGAUGAUUGGGGAAUCGUAUCGAUUUGUGAUAUCGUGCUGAAUCACACUGCCAACGAGUCGAUCUGGAUCCGAGAGUAUGCGGAGUGCAGUUACAACUGUUUCACGUCUCCCCAUCUGAGACCGGCCUUUUUGUUGGAUGCUUUGUUGGCACGAGUCGGAGAGGACGUGGCCGCUGGACUGCUCGAGCACGUAGGCGUUCCAAAGGUGGUAGAAACGAACGACCAUCUGCAGGCAAUCCGUUGGCAGGUUCAUUCAAGCUACCUACCGCAGAUCAAGCUGUACGAGCUGUAUCAGUGUGACGUGGACAAGUACAUUGCCCGGUUCAACGAUGAGGCAUCCAAGCAAAGUCCUACUCCGGCGCAGGAAGUUCCCGAGGGGGAUCUCAAGCUUAAACACGACCCUGAAUAUCGGCGUUUGGGAGCACAGGUGGACUUUGCUCGUGCUAUGAAGACCUUCAACGUAUUUCGGCAGGACUGCUUCGACGAGGACAGUCGGAAGCGCAAGUGCACCGAAGCAUUCCGAGGAAAGUUGCAGUGGCUGAACGAGGAAGUUCGGAAAGAGAUUCAAGCUCACCUGGACUACGCCAUUGAGAAUUGCUUAGCCGGGACUCGUUACGAGCGAGUGCAGGCCGAUGGACCGCAGGUCAAGGGCAUAUCUGUAAAGUAUCCGCUGUUUAUGAAGUACUUUACCCAACAUGGCAUCAAAGGCAAAUCGUUGAAGGAAAUUGAAGAGAUGAUGUACGGCGGAGCCGGUAAAUUGUUCAUGGCCCAUAACGGGUGGGUCAUCAACAGUGAUCCGUUGAAGGAUUUUGCUCGACCUCAGGAGGGAACAGGCAAUGUUUACCUGAGGAGAGAGUUGAUUGCUUGGGGCGAUAGUGUGAAAUUGCGGUACGGAGACAAACCGGAAGAUAGUCCCUAUUUGUGGAAGCAUAUGAAGGAGUACGUCGAUACCACCGCGAGGAUCUUCGAUGGCGUCCGGUUGGACAAUUGCCAUUCAACUCCGUUGCACGUUGCGGAAUACCUGCUCGACUCGGCUCGUAAGGUUAACCCGGAACUGUACGUCGUCGCGGAGUUGUUCACCAACUCGGAUUACACGGAUAAUAUUUUCGUCAACCGAUUGGGCAUCACUUCGUUGAUUCGGGAGGCACUUUCGGCGUGGGACUCGCACGAGGAGGGCCGACUGGUGCACCGGUAUGGAGGUGAUCCGGUGGGAGCAUUCUUCCCGUAUCCGAAGCGCAUCUUAGCUCCGAGCAUCGCCCAUGCACUGUUCAUGGAUCUCACGCACGACAAUCCGUCGCCGGUGGAGAAGCGAUCGAUCUUCGAUUUGAUUCCGUCGGCCGGGUUGGUUUCGAUGGCGUGCUGCGCUACGGGAAGCAAUCGCGGGUACGACGAGCUGGUGCCGCAUCAUAUCCAUGUCGUCGACGAGGAACGCCAGUACCAGGAAUGGGGUAAGCACGUCGACAAAACAACCGGCAUCGUUGCGGUGAAGGAAGCAUUCAACCUGCUGCACGGUGGCCUGUCUACUCGCGGUUUCGAUCAACUGUUUGUCGAUCAAAUGAAUCCGGACAUCGUGGCCGUAACGCGCCAUUCGACCCAGAAUCACGAGACGGUUAUCCUGGUUGCGCACACCGCCUUCAGCUACCCGAGCCCAUGGGCCGGACCGACAGGAGUUCGCCCGCUGCGUUUCGAGGGAGAUCUGCUGGAGAUUAUCUUCGAGGUGCAGAUUUAUAAGAAAACGGGUCAAACGUUCGACCAGCCCACGGAGUUCAAGAAGGAUGAGCACUACAUCAAUGGCGUAAAGGAGUAUGUGGUUGAUCUGCGCAAGAAUCUCAAACUGGAAGAGUCGGACAUCUUCCGUAAGCAGGCCACCAUCGAUGGCAAUACGACGCAGCUGGAUUUUGUCAAUCUGAAGCCCGGAUCGGUGGUGGCUGUGCGCGUUGCUCUCAAGGACAACAUGAAACCGCACUUUGAUAAUUUGCACUCGCUGGUACGGGAAAUGCAUCAGGAUAAGGGUUCCCGGUACGCCGAGCUGCAGCAUAUGCUGUCCAAGUUGGAUUUGGUCGAUUUUAACAAUUUGCUGUACUGUUGCGCCGAGGAGGAACGCGAUAACGGUGGCGGUCCGUACACUAUUUCCGGUUAUGGCGAUUUGGUGUACUGCGGACUACAGGGUGUCGUUUCGAUCCUGAGCGAUAUCGGACCGAACAAUGACCUGGGCCACCCGUUGGCGAAUAACCUGAGAAUGGGAAACUGGUUGAUCGAUUACUGCUCACAGCGUUUGCUAAAAUACUCGAAGCUGGUUCCGGUAGCCACCUGGUUGGAGAAGAACCUAGCUCCUCUGAAGGAAAUCCCCCGGUACAUGAUCCCCAGCUAUUUCGAUGUGAUCAUCACUGGAGUGCACCGUUUGGCCGUUAACGCCGCUUGCCAACUGAUGACGGACUUCGUCCGACAUGGUUCCAACUUCGGUCGUCGCCUUGCUCUAGGAUCGGUUCAGUGCGUUCGGGUUGCUCCGUCGGCCAACCUUCCGGCCUUGAGUCCCAAUAUCACUCCCCCAAAGCCUCCGCAAAGGUGUUCCACUCUGGCUGCUGGUCUGCCACACUUUGCAACCGGAUACAUGCGCUGCUGGGGUCGAGAUACGUUCAUUUCCUUGCGUGGACUCAUGUUCCUGACCGGUAGAUUCGACGAAGCUCGGUAUAUGAUUCUUGGAUUUGGACAUUGUCUGCGACAUGGACUGAUUCCGAAUCUCCUGGACGGAGGCAUGAAUGCUCGUUUCAACUGCCGUGAUGCAGUCUGGUGGUGGUUGUACUGCGUCCGACAGUACGUCGAGGAAGCUCCCAAUGGAAAGAACAUCCUGAAGGACAAGGUCUCCCGGUUGUAUCCGACGGAUGAUUCCGAUGCAAAAAUGCCCGGUGAAUGCGAUCAAUUCUUGUACGAGACAAUCCAGGAGGCCCUGGUGGUUCACUUCCAGGGGUUGUCCUACCGGGAACGUAAUGCCGGUACCCGCAUCGAUGCGCACAUGAAGGACAAAGGUUUCAACAAUCGUAUCGGCAUCCACCCAGAGACGGGUUUCGUCUUCGGAGGUAACAAUGCCAAUUGCGGUACCUGGAUGGACAAGAUGGGCUCUAGUGAUAAGUCUGGGAAUCGGGGAGUUCCGUCGUCUCCUAGGGAUGGAUCUGCGGUCGAGUUGGUCGGGCUACAGAUGGCCGGAUUGCGAUUCAUGCAACGAAUGGCCGAGGAGAAGGUCAUUCCGUUUAAUUCGGUGGAACGUAAAUCGAGCAAUGGAACCAAGACUGUCUGGACUUACAAGCAGUGGGCCGAUAAGAUCGCCGCUAACUUUGAGAAAGAAUUCUACGUAGACGAAAGCUGCGGUAGCCAGUAUGUUAACAAGAAAGGAAUGUACAAGGAUACAUUGGGUUCGGAGAUUCCGUGGACCGAUUACCAGUUGAGGUGCAACUUCCCGAUUGCUCUGGUUGCGGCACCGGAACUUUGCGAUCCGAAGCACGCUUGGAGAGCGUUGGAAAACGCCAAAAAGUAUCUGCUCGGUCCACUUGGUAUGAAGACCCUGGACUGCGAGGACUGGGGCUAUCGUGGUAAUUACGACAACUCGAUCGACAGCGAUGACAAGACGGUAGCUCACGGAGCCAACUAUCACAACGGUCCGGAGUGGGUUUGGCCCAUUGGAUUCUACCUACGCGCGAGGCUCAUCUUCGCCAAGGCUAAUGGCCUGCUCAAGGAAACGAUCGCCGAAACGUGGUCUAUCCUGCAGAAGCAUCUGCACGAAGUUCAGACCAAUCACUGGCGUGGUCUCGCCGAGUUGACCAAUGAAAAUGGAGCUUACUGUAACGAUUCCUGUCGGACGCAAGCCUGGAGUAUGGGCUGCGUGCUGGAAGUGUUGCAUGACCUGGAAAAGUAUGAAAAAGAGCUCUAAGCUCUGUCACUAGCCAUGAAGCCUCGAGGGGAAUUUAAAUCAAAUUGAAAUGCUCGAAUUUAGUCGAAGACGUCACUCGGCGCACUAAUCGCCCCCUUCUGAUAGGGUUUUAGCUUUAAUUGUUUAUGUUUUGUGUCUGCUGUUUUCGAUUUUGGAUAUUUUAUUUAUCAGUUAAGUUUGAAAAGUCUAUAUUUUAUUUCGUGUUGCAUGCAGCUUUUAGGAUUAUGUGCCACGCUGUCGGGAACCGAGAAAGGUGUGUUAAAUUGUGAAAUAUCGCUCAAUGGAGCUGUGUGCCGGCGCUCUGCAAUUGAAAGCAGAUUGCAGUUGUGGGAAAUAAAACAAAUGAAUAUUGCAGUGCCAUGCAUGAAUAAUUGGAAUAAAUUGA